AUGUCAUCCCAGAGCGUGCUCAUGCUCGGUGCGGGCUUCGUGACCCGGCCGACCCUCGAUAUCCUCAGCGAGGCCGGUAUUCCCGUCACCGUCGCCUGCAGGACCCUCGAGUCUGCGAAGAAGCUUUCCCAGGGCGUCGCCCACUCGACUCCCAUCUCCCUCGAUGUGACCGACGACAAGGCUCUCGAUGCUGAGGUCGCCAAGCAUGAUCUGGUCAUCAGCUUGAUCCCUUACACCUUCCACGCCACCGUCAUCAAGUCGGCCAUCCGCCAGAAGAGGCACGUUGUCACCACCAGCUACGUCUCGCCCGCCAUGAUGGAGCUCGACCAGCAGUGCAAGGAUGCCGGCAUCACUGUCAUGAACGAGAUUGGCCUGGACCCCGGUAUCGACCACCUCUACGCUGUCAAGACCAUUGAGGAGGUGCACCAGGAGGGCGGCAAGAUCCUGUCCUUCCUGUCCUACUGCGGCGGUCUCCCCGCGCCCGAGGCCUCGGACAACCUCUCGGCUACAAGUUCUCGUGGUCGUCGCGGCGGCUCCGUCGUCGACGUGCAGUCCAAGGACCUCAUGGGCACGGCCAAGCCCUACUUCAUCUACCCCGGCUACGCCUUUGUCGCGUACCCCAACCGCGACUCGACGCCCUACAAGGAGCGCUACAACAUCCCCGAGGCCGAGACCAUCAUCCGUGGUACCCUGCGCUAUCAGGGCUUCCCCCAGUUCAUCCGCGUCCUGGUCGAGAUUGGCUUCCUCGACGACACGGCCCAGGAGACGCUCGGCCAGAACCAGCCCUGGAAGGAGGCGACCAAGACCAUCGUCGGCGCCUCGUCCUCGAGCGCCGCCGACCUCGAGAAGGCCAUCCUCGCCAAGGCGACCUUCGACUCGCCCGAGGACCAGCAGCGCAUCCUCGGCGGUCUGCGCUGGAUCGGCCUCUUCUCGGACGAGCAGACGAUUGCGCGCGGCAACCCGCUCGACACGCUCUGCGCGACGCUCGAGAAGAAGAUGCAGUUCGAGGAGGGCGAGCGCGACCUCGUCAUGCUGCAGCACAAGUUUGUCAUUGAGCACAAGAGCGGCGAGCGCGAGACGCGCACGUCGACCCUCGUUGAGUACGGCGACCCUGCCGGCUACUCGGCCAUGGCCAAGCUCGUCGGCGUGCCGUGCGCCGUCGCCGUCAAGCAGGUGCUCAACGGCACCCUCGCCGAGAAGGGCGUGCUCGCGCCCAUGACCUCCAAGAUCAACAACCCGCUCAUGAAGGAGCUCAAGGAGAAGUACGGCAUCAGCAUGGUCGAGAAGACUGUGUCGUAG